AUGUCGGGACGCAAAGUAUUCAAGGACCUGGUGCACGAAUUGCAGACGGUUGCACAGAAAUCGUUUGACAACCGGUCAAAGGACGUGCUGAAGAAACAGGACGCUUUGAUCCAGUACAAACGGAUGCAAUACGUCCAGAGUGGUAAGGUUCUUAGUAAAGAAGAAGAUGCCCAGCUUGUUGAACAGGUGAAACAGUCUACCAAGUUGCAAAUGCCACAGAUCAACGUGGAACUUAUUAAACAGCUCGACUCAGACGAUUUGAACUCCACACAAACGCAACAUUUGCAGAAUAUGGUGGACUUCCUUAAAAGUCAAAGAGAAUACGUCGAAUUGUUGGAAAGAUACAACCCGGGAAUCAGCAACACCCAAACAGACAAGGUGCGCAAGACGGCCAGAAGAGUCGGUUUGGAGGUCCCCGAAGACGUCUUGGAAAGAUACAACGAGCCAGACUCGGACUGGUCAAUCGAAAUCAAUGGAACAGAGUCGGUGAUUUGCACCUCAAAGCUCUUGGACUUGAUCACGUCGAUUCCACUCACCGCCUUCUCAACAACAAGUCCCACCUUGGUGGUGUCAUUCAAAGUGAUGGCAUUGACCUUACCUUUGAUCUGGAUGAUGGCAGAAACACAGUUGGUGAUAAAGACGCUCUGUUGCAUCUCUCCGUCGAUGGUGAUGAUAUCUGGGACGUUUUCGAAGUUGGAGAUGAUCCACUUGUUGUCCACGAGCUCCUUCUUUGGCGGUUUCUUCUCCUUGGACGGUUUCUCGCUCAAACUGGCCGGUUUCUUUGGCGGAACAGGAACAGAUUUCUUUGCAGGAACCGCCGACGAGGCUCUGAGGUCUGGGUUCUUGUGUGUCAUCUGGCUCUUGUCGACUUUCUUGAGUCCCGAGGUGAUGGCCUCGCCUUUGUUGAGUUCCGAGAACACGGCGUUGAUUCCGACUGGUUCGGCGUCCUUGGUUUCCUUGGCCUCAAACACAGAAGCUGGGGGAGGUGGAGGUGGAGGAGGAGGACCCCCGGCGGCUGGAGGGGCAGGUGCAGCAGGAGCGGCCGGGGCGGCUGGGGCAGAAAUACCUUUCAGGUUCUCCUCGAAGCUUCCACCCUUAGCGUUCCAAGUAGGGCCUGUGGUGUGGAACUUCUUGACAUAG